AUGAAAAAUAUUGAUGGUUUUCAAACAACCGAUUCAUUUCGGUUUGAUCGUAAUAGUUCAUCUUCAUCUAUAUCGUUAUCAUCUUCAUCUGGCUAUGGUUCACGUUUAAGUUUAUCUCAAACAGAUCCUUCAUCAUCAUCAUCUAAUCGUCGUAUUGGUAUAACAAAAUAUAUUAAAGAAAAAUUAUCUCGACAUAAAAGUUUAGCAUCACUUCUCUUAUCAUCAUCAUCAUCAUCAUCAACAAUAACAGAAAUCAAUAAUCAUGAUACAGAUAUCUAUGAUAGUGUAUGGAAUUUAGAUGAACAAAUUGAAAAAUUUCGUUUAAAUAUUAAUAAACAAAUUCAAUAUGAUUCUCAAUCAAUUAUUUCUAUGUCUGUUGAUACACCAAAACCAAUACGUCAUCGAAUAGAUGAUCAAGAUUUAUUAUCAGCUGCUGCAUGGUAUCAAGAAGGUUUACCUGAAUAUAUUUGUGAAGAAUAUUUAAAUAAUAAUCAACCAAUUGGAUCAUUUAUUAUUCGAUGUAAUUAUAAUUGUUCAAAUUAUCCAUAUAUUUUAUCAAUAAAAACUACUAGAACAUCAAUUGAACAUUUUUUAAUUCAACAAACAAUUAAUAAUAAUACUUAUCGAAUAAAAGGCUCAUUAAAAACAUUUGUUAAUCUAAGUACACUUGUUAUUCAUCAUACAGUCAUACGAGAAAAUCUUCCUGUUAUACUUGUAUUGCCGUUUAUGUAUUCAACAUUAAAUAAUCAACAGCAUUCAUCAUUAGGUAUUAUUCGUUCUGUACGAUUCUAG